AAAACUGAGGAUAAAAAAGCAUUUGUUGACGUGGAAACGGAAAACAUGCAUCUAGAAAUCCUAAAACGGAGAAGAAAACUUAAGAGAGCACAAACGGCGCGGAGAGUACCCAAAUGUAGCAAGCUGAGCGAGGAAGAAGGGAUAAUGCUUCAGAGGAACGAGAGCCAGUUUAUAAAGCACGCGAUUCCCUACUCCCAGCACCACCGUAGCCGUAGCCGCAAUCGCCACUUCCACCGUCCGAUUUCUCUCUCUCGUCCUGCUAUCCAUCUCUUCCACACUCCGAUCAACGACUCUCCGAUCCUCGAAUGAGUAAGAGCACGCUCCCGCCUUCUUCGCCACAUCUCCGCCAUCCGAUCAACUGUCUUUCUCGUCUUCAAUCUCUACAAAGUGAGCCUGGUUCCGCCGUCGUUUGAGGUGAUGGCCGUCUAUAUUCUCUCUUCCCCUGCAACUUAGCUGUCGAAUGGUCUUACUCUGUCUUCUGCAUCUUCAAUUUGUAAGCAGCUUUCUCUUAACCAGCGUAAAUCAAUCAAGAACAAGAGA